AUGGCUGUUUUUUCGGGACCGGCGAGAGGUUUCGAUGCAAGGAUCGUCGAUUUCCACAGUACGAUCGGGGAAGUGGUGCCCCUAAAGCACCUCGCAGUGAGUCUGGGAGUACGUCCCAGGAAGGGAGAGGACCGUCUGAUGGGCGGGCAGUGCCAGGUAUUACUCCAGCAGAUCGCCGAAUUUACGUCCAAUUUGCUCGUCCUGCCUAAGUUCGAACCAGCACCAAAGAAACCCGCAGAGGACCAGCCGACAACCAGCAAUGCUCCAGCCGCAGAAGGAUACCAAGAAGCGCAAAGGUUUCGACGCGUACCACAUCGAGGACGUCAAGCAGAAACGGAAGGGGGUGGCGCACGCAAUGAAGCAAAUGGGUCGCAAGGAUAA